AUGAAUGUGCUUUCUGCAUACAGUGCAUCAGGCUGGUCCAUCUUCUCCACAUGUCGUCUCCAUCAGUACCACUUUGUCGCUGAACACAUGAAGUGGACUGAAGCUCAGACCUACUGCAGAGAGACAUACACAGACCUGGCCACCGUUGAAAACACUGAAGACAUGAACCAACUCAACAACACAGUUUCAUCUGCUAGUCAGGUCUGGAUUGGCCUGUACAGUAACAUUGAUUGGAAGUGGUCAGAUGGGUACAGAGGGAGUGGAGCUGAAUAUAGGGACUGGGAAAAUCUUGAUGACAAUGAGCCAGACUUUUACGGGGGUAAGCAGUUUUGCGUGAACAUUGGAAAGAGUGGAAGAUGGUGGGAUGAUGGUUGUGCAAUUGAAUAUCCAUUCAUCUGUUAUAAUGCUGCUUUAACAUUAUUUAGAAACUCAGUAUAUCAACAAUUCCACUCACCCCCCAAACUAACCACAGGAACACAGCUGGAUCCUGAAUUUGUUGUUGUGAAUCAGAGUAUGACCUGGUCCAAUGCGCAGAGGUACUGCAGGGAGAACUUCAUAGACCUGGCCACUGUGAGGAACAACACUGAGAACCAGCAGAUCCACAACUUGGUGCUGACGAAAGACUGGACAUGGAUCGGCCUGUACAGAGAUCCUGACUCCUUCCUUUAUAACUGGUCUGAUGGCAGUCCCUACUCACUCACCACAUGGGGUGAUAAACAUUCAGUUUCAGGAUCACUCAGAUCGAUGAUGUGUGGUGUGCAGGAAUUAAACCAAUGGACAUUUAUGUCCUGUGAAGAGAGAUUUCCAUUUGUCUGCUACAGCAUCCCUGUACCAGUAAAGAGGCAGGUAGUUAAGCUGAGGAUGAAGGUGCAGGACCCCUCUGUGGAUCUCAAUGACCCUGCUGUGAAAGCAAACAUCCUGAAAAAGUUCCAGGACAGACUGAAGGAGCAAGGAGUGAGUGGAGUCACCCUGAAGUGGAGAGAACAGCCUGAUGGGAAAGUCUUCCACAAGGAGGGAAAAGAAGAGAAGAAGAAAAAAAGACAGAAGACUGAGCUCUGAAAUGAAAACCCAGCUUUACUUAUCUGUAAUCCAUGUUGAAUGUUGAUUCUCUAUCUGCUAACAAUAUACUAUCAUCAGCUUAACCGUAACCUUGACUACAUCCUGUAUAGAAGAGUUUUAUCCUUCCUCAUCAAUAUUACUGUGUGAAGUGUUUCAAUCAAAGUCACUUUUCUUCCAAAUAAAACA